AUGAUAGACUACCUCUCGCAUAUCCUUCGCACCUACCACCAUGCCACCCGCUACCGCCCAGACGAUUCGUACACGUCGCUCACCCUCGACUCUCGUUGCAUCCUCGAUUUUCCGGUCCCGCGCGGACUCAGCGUCACGCUGGGGAAAUGCAUCUCGCCGGAAUUGAAGGCGUCUUAUACCGUGGGGAUACCCAACAUACGGAGCGCAGGGUUUUUGUUUACGAGCUUGCCAGUUGCCGGGGAGGUCGGAGCGUUGUGGGGGGACAAUGAGGGGGAUGGGGAGGGGGGCUUGCUGGGCAUGGACAGGGAGAGGGAGAGGGAAAGGGGGACUACGGAGGUGAAGGUUGUUUCGACGGUCAACAGAGAGGAGGGUGGGAAUGAACUGCCUGCAAAUGCAGCAGCCGUGGCGCUGGAUCUUGAUGCGCGAGACAUAUCAACCCACGACAAGGCGGAGACGGAGACAAAGAAGUAUCUCCUUUACGGCCGAAUCUUUGAGGAUCUCCGCCUGGAAGCCAUGUACAUCCGCUCGCUGUCACAACGUACACAUUUUGUUGCGUCAGGUGUAAACUCCUGGCGGCGGGCACCAAACGGAGCCAGUUCAAUAAGCGCACAGUUACUUCAUGCAGGUGAAUCCUACAACGCGGGGCUGAGUUGGACGUCGGAUGACCAGGUGUUGGGGGUCAGCGGGUUGUUCCGGUUUGGGAACACUGGGUGGGCAGCUGGAUCUGAGGUGUGUUAUACCGCCAAGGAGAAAAGCGGUGGUCUCUCAUUUGGCGCCCGCUACAAAUCCCUCGCUCCCUCCCGGCAACCACCAUUAUCCACGUCACCUUAUCCACCACAUGCCGUGAGAUCCGCCCUAACAUUCCUCGCCAACCCCAUCAUGGGCCACUUCAGCACCAGCUACACCACCACCGUCCGGUCCGGACUGACCAUGUCAACACGUUACGAUAUCAAUGUGUACAGCUAUGAGGCCGAUCUUGCGGUCGGGUUGGAGUACUUGAGGAAGGAUAGGAGUCAGAUGGUUAAGGCCAGGGUUAGCUUGGUUGAGGGCCUGGCACUGAAACUGGAAGGCCAGUAUAGACGAGCCUUGCUUAGUAUUGGCUUGAUGACGGAGUUUGCACGGAAUCCCCGGCGGUCGAUCGGGAUAGAGUUGCAGGUUUCAUAA